AUGCAAUUGCGGAACCUAGUUUGGCUGUUGCCUCUCGUGCUAAAGGCUGUUUCGGCUUAUGAAGAGCCCGAGGAAGAAGAGCAAGUUACUGUCACAGAGACUAACUAUGUCACUCCAUACUGUUUCCAACAGAAACUUAAAACCUUGACCAACGACGAAGCUCAUACUACUGGUAUCCCGUUGGUGAUUGUUUAUGCUAACCCUGAAGACCCAAUUCCUUCUCAGAAUGCUGGUCACGCUCCUGCUCCUGGUGCUGAAGGUACUUUCACUAGUACUACUCAGGCUCCACAUAUUACUGGCUCUGCUUCUCCACUGAAGUCAACCGGUUCCAAGAACACUGCUGGUGGUAACGACCACUCCUCGCUGCUGAAGAUUUCUAUCGGAAACAAGCCUUUGUCGCACACCUCUGGAAAGAAGCAAUGUACUGUUUGUCAACAAGUUCUGUUGGUUGAAUCUGCCCUGGUUACUUUUUCCACCAUUGUCUACACUGCUAACACUACCCAACCUAUUACUGUGCUGACGCUGUCUUCCAAUGGUCUUCCAUCUGCUACUGCCAAGGAUCCUUUGGUCACUGCUCCAACUAUCAGCGGCGGCUCUUCUAUCUCCAUUGAAACAAGCUGGGACAUUUCGCUGGCCUUGAAUGCUAGUGAUUCUACUUACGGUCAAAGCCUUUCUUCUGACACUUACGCCAGAAACUCUAGCUCGACUUCCACUGAACCAAGCUUUGGCCUGGCUCUGUUGUUCUCAAGCUACUUCAUCACUUCGACCGUCAGCUCCCAGCAAGCUUCUGCUUCUGCUAGUACCACAGCUAGUGCUAAGGCUCCUGCUCUUAGCUCGCAGAACUCCUCUGCUGCCAAUGCUGAUGCCAAGGUUCUUUCCGAGUCCACGCUUCCAAAGUACUACAACAGCUCUUCUGCUUUCCCAACUGCUAGCGCAGCUGUUUCGAGCUCCUUGUAUUCCAGUGACGUUUACGAAUCAAGCAGUGAGUAUUCCAGCCUUAUCCUGUCCACUUUGUCCUCAGCUGCGGCCUCUUCUCUCAGCUCUUCUUUGUCUGAGCUGAGCGAGUCUGAAUCUGCUUCAUCUUCGCUUUCCCUUGAGGCCGCUUCCAAGGAAGACGAUAUGCUUACUAUUCGUUCCGUUCCAACAUGCCACUCCGUUUCUGACUUGUUCCAGGAAAUCGACACUGCUAACCCAUCCAAGUACUACAAGGAUGGUGAAUUGCCUGUCAGUAUUCCUAAGGGUAUUGAGACUGACUCUCCUAUUGGUACCAACUCUUUCUACGCUAACUUGUUCUUGGGUGACCAGAAGAGCAUGGUUUGGACUUACCCUUACGGUUUCUACUGGGCUAAGGAUUCCAAGUAUGGUAUUGCAGUUCAGCACACUGACCCAGACAAGCGUGUGUUUGGCGAUAAGAACUCCAACGGUGCCGCUUCUUACUACUACAACCCUAUCUUGCUUGGUGAAAUUAUCUUCUCGUCUACUAAGAACUCCGAGAAGAACAAUUACUUGAGCGUUACCGAUAUGAAGUCAAUGUCUGCCAAUGUCAAACUUUCUCCUGAUGGAGUGAACAGUGACAACUACAUUGAAGUUCCUCUUGUGCAUGGUAUGGGUUUCGCUACUUCCAUUUACCAUGGUGACUUGACUGCUCGUUUGUCUACUGUCUUUGCUUUCCAGUCUAUCGUAAAGGAAACCGUUCCUUCUUCGAACGAUAAGUUGAUUAAGUACAGAGUCUCCUUGAACCUGGGCGCUGAAUGGUUGCUCUUUGUCACCUUGCCAUCUAAGGACACUUCUUUCAAGCUUGAGAUCAAGAACGGUGAUUUGGUUGCUAACAAGGCUGUUGACGGUCUCGUUAUCCAGGCUGUCUACGCUCCAUCUGACUCUACUUUGGACAACUACUACUACGAGUCUGCUGGUCAAUACGUUACUGGUGCUGAAAUCAAGGGUUCUAUCUCUUGUACUUCUGCUAGCUACAAGUUCGCUUACGAGUCCAAGGGCUCUUCCAUCGCAAAGAAGCCUAUUGUGUUCGCUCUUCCUCACCACUUGCAGACUUUGGACUCAAGUGUGACUUCCCAAAGUACUGGACUUCAGCUCGAGUCUACCGUGAAGGGCACUAUGCUUGGUUUCCUUACUGACGAACUUUCUUUCAGUGAAACUAUCAACAACCAGAUCCAGUUCUUGCCUUGGGUUGAUGGUAUGGGAACCAGCGCCAAGUACACUUCUGACCAGAUUAAGCUUAUUCACGAUACUGCUAUCAAGGAAAUCUCUGGUGUCGAUAUUCCACAGACCAUCCUUUCAGUUAAGUCUACCUACUCUAUGGGUAAAUUGGCUGACAAGUAUGCUUACAUCUUGUACGUCCUUAACGACAUUGUCAAGGAUGAAAAGGCCGCCGAGUCGUUGUUGAAGGCUUUGAAGGAGUACUACUCUAUCUGGUUCAAGAACACUAAUGUUGGAUUCCCAUUGAUGCACGACACCAAGUUCGGUGGUGUGACAAGUACUGCCAACAAUGAUGGUGAUGUUGGUGCUGACUUCGGUUCUGGUUUCUACAAUGAUCACCACUUCCAUUACGGUUACCACAUCCACGCUGCUGCUCUCAUUGGCCAUGUUGACAAACAAUUUGGCGGCUCUUGGGCUGACGACAACAAGGAACAAGUGAACAUCUUGAUCAGAGACGUUGCUAACCCUAGCGAGAACGAUAAGUACUUUCCAGUUUUCAGACUGUUCGACUGGUUCCAGGGCCACUCUUGGGCUAAGGGUUUGUUCGCAAGUGGUGAUGGUAAGGAUGAAGAAUCCUCUUCUGAGGACUACCACUUCUACUAUGGUAUGAAGUUGUGGGGUAAUGUCAUCGAUGAUAAUGCUAUGGAGGCUCGUGGUGAUUUGAUUUUGAAGAUCAUGAGCAGAGCCAUGAACUUGUACAUGCUUUAUUCUGAUGACAACACCGUUCAGCCAUCUUCUAUCAUUAAAAACAAGGUUUCCGGUAUCCUUUUCGACAACAAGAUUGCCUACACUACCUACUUCGGUCAGAACACUGAGUACAUUCACGGUAUUCACAUGUUGCCUAUUACCCCAGCUUCUGGAUUGAUUAGAGGAUCGAACUAUGUCAAGCAAGAAUGGGACUCAGUCCUCUCCGGCAUUAUUGGAUCGGUUAAAUCUGGCUGGACUGGUAUCCUUCGCUUGAACCAGGCCCUCUAUGAUGGUAAGAAGUCUUACGAUUUCUUCUCAUCUAAGAGCUUCACAAAGUCCUACUUGGACGACGGUCAGAGUCGAACAUGGAGUUUGGCUUUCUCUGCCGCUGUGGCCAAUGGUCUCUAA